AUGCCCAUCCUGGAAAAAGUUUCACAAAAGACAACUGCAAAAACUGCCAGCGGUGAGGAGGAGCCUGGGCUGCCCAAAUUGCCAGUGCCUCCCCUGCAGCAAACAUUGGCCACCUACCUGCAGUGCAUGUGGCACCUGGUGCCAGAGGAGCAGUUCAAGAAGAGCCAGGCCAUCGUGCAGCAGUUUGGAGCCCCUGGUGGCCUCGGGGAGACCCUGCAGCAGAAACUCUUGGAGCGGCAGGAGAAGACAGCCAACUGGGUGUCCGAGUACUGGCUGAAUGACAUGUAUCUUAACAACCGUCUGGCCCUGCCAGUCAAUUCCAGCCCAGCUGUGAUCUUUGCUCAGCAGCACUUCCAAGACACCAAUGACCAGCUAAGGUUUGCAGCUAGCCUCAUCUCUGGUGUGCUCACCUACAAGGCUCUGCUGGACAGCCACUCCAUCCCCACUGACUGUGCCAAGGGCCAGCUGUCAGGGCAACCCCUCUGUAUGAAGCAAUACUAUGGACUCUUCUCUUCAUACCGGCUCCCUGGCCACACCCAGGACACACUGGUGGCUCAGAAAAGCAGCAUCAUGCCCGAGCCUGAGCAUGUUAUUGUGGCCUGCUGCAACCAGUUCUUUGUCUUGGAUGUUGUCAUUAAUUUCCGCCGUCUCAGUGAGGGGGAUCUGUUCACUCAGUUGAGAAAGAUAGUCAAAAUGGCUUCCAACGAGGAUGAACGCUUGCCUCCAAUCGGCCUGCUGACGUCAGACGGGAGGAGCGAGUGGGCCCAGGCCAGGACUGUCCUCGUGAAAGACUCCACCAACCGGGACUCCCUGGACAUGAUCGAGCGCUGCAUCUGUCUGGUGUGCCUGGAUGCCCCUGGCGGCGGGGAUCUCAGCGACACCAGCAGGGCAUUGCAGCUUCUCCAUGGUGGAGGCUGCAGCAAGAAUGGGGCAAACCGCUGGUAUGAUAAGUCCCUGCAGUUCGUGGUGGGCCGCGAUGGCACGUGUGGCGUGGUGUGUGAGCACUCCCCAUUUGAUGGCAUCGUCCUGGUGCAGUGCACAGAGCACCUGCUCAGGCACAUGAUGAAGAGCGGCAAGAAGCUGGUGCGAGCUGACUCUGUCAGUGAGCUUCCUGCCCCCAGGAGGCUGAGGUGGAAAUGCUCUCCGGAAAUUCAAGGCCACCUGGCCUCCUCAGCAGAAAAACUUCAACGAAUUGUAAAGAAUCUGGACUUCACUGUUUAUAAGUUUGACCACUAUGGGAAAACAUUCAUUAAGAAGCAGAAAUGCAGCCCUGAUGCCUUCAUCCAGGUGACCCUCCAGCUGGCCUUCUACAGGCUCCACCGGAGACUAGUUCCCACCUAUGAGAGUGCUUCCAUUCGCCGAUUCGAGGAGGGGCGGGUGGACAACAUCAGAUCAGCCACUCCAGAGGCCCUGGCUUUUGUGAGAGCCAUGAUUGACCAUAAGUCUGUCAUACCAGAUUCCAAGAAGGUGCAGCUCCUGAAGGCAGCCAUCCUAGCCCAGACCGAGUACACAGUCAUGGCUAUAACAGGGAUGGCCAUCGACAACCACCUGUUAGCACUGCGAGAGCUGGCUCGGGACCUGUGUAAGGAGCUGCCCGAGAUGUUCACAGAUGAAACUUACCUGAUGAGCAACCGUUUUGUCCUCUCCACCAGCCAGGUGCCCACAACCAUGGAGAUGUUUUGCUGCUAUGGUCCUGUGGUCCCCAAUGGGUAUGGUGCCUGCUAUAACCCCCAGCCUGAGACCAUCCUCUUCUGCAUCUCCAGCUUUCACAACUGCAAGGAGACCUCUUCUGCAGAGUUUGCAGAAGCUGUGGGAGCAAGCCUCCUUGACAUGAGAGACCUCUGUAGCACACUACAGCCAGCUGAGGACAAACCACUGGCCACGAAGUAA